ACGACCGCGCUCUUCCACCUCCCCACCCCCACGACUCCUCUCUUAUGCCUGAAUCCCACGGCGUUAAGACGCCAGCCACAGCUCUUCUCUCACGCCACCGCGACGCAUCUCGACAUUCGCCGCGGCUGGCGUUGCUUGCGACUGGAGCGCAUUCUUAUUUUUUGUAUUAUUAUAUCGUCCAGUGAUUUCUCCGGGAGAACGGUGUUUGCACCACCAACCCCCCCUCUCUCUAUCUCCCCCUCCUCCAAUCGUUUAAAUUUUAAAAGGAAGGUGAUUCGUGACAAGACCCUUCUUGCUCCAGCAUGAGUCCGUGCCGGCGAGCUGCGCUGGGCAUCGUGCUGGCUUGCCUCUUCUGCGUAACCAGCGCCAGAAAGGUGAACAAGCACCGGCCAUGGCUGGAGGACGUCUACCAUGGCGUGCUCAAGGAGACGGAGCAGAUCGUCAUGAUGGAGCUUCCCCUCAUCGCCCUCGACAAGGACGCUCCGCUGCCCUACGCCGGAGAGAUAUGCGGUUUCCGCGUAAGUGGAGCGGGCGACAUCCCCUUCGAGGUGGUGCUGGUGGACGGGCAGAGCGGUGAGGGCCUUGUGAGGGCCACUCACCCGCUGGGUUGUCCAUCGCGAGGGCCCGGCGACGCCGACACCACCAACAAGGCUCGCCGUGACUACACGUUCUCCGUGCAGGCCUACGACUGUGGUGAGGGCCCGGACGGAACCGGCCAGAAGAAGUCGCGCAAGGCCAUGGUGCACGUGCGGGUAAAGAGCGUGAACCGCCACGCGCCCGAGUUCCUGCAGGGCGAGUACAGCGCCAGCGUGGACGAGGCCGCGGAGCCCGGCGCCGCCCUCGUGCGCGUCGAGGCGAGCGACGGGGACUGCUCGCCGCUCUUCGGCCGCGUCUGCGACUACCAGAUCCUCACCGCGGGCGCGCCCUUCUCCAUCGACUCCGACGGAGUGAUCCGCGCCACGGAGCGCCUGUCAUACGAGCUGCACGGCGAGCAGCAGCUGACCGUGGCGGCGUACGACUGCGGCAAACGGCGCUCGGCCGAGGACGCCCUGGUCACCAUCGGCGUGCGGCCCGUGUGCCGGCCUGGCUGGCAGGGCUGGAACAAGCGUGUGGAGUAUGAUCCGGGCAGUGGCGGACGAUCGCUCUUCCCUGGUGCCCGGCUGGAGACGUGUGGACGGCGCGUAGCGUCGGCACGCGCCACCGUCGAGCUCCAGACGACGCACAUCGGCAAGGGCUGCGACCGAGAGACCUACGCGGAGAACUCGCGCCGCAAGCUGUGCGGCGCUUCGACCGGCGGAGUCGACCUGCUGCCGUCGCCGGAGCUGCCGGGGUCCUGGACCCAGGGGCUGCCCACGGAGGUCCCCGAGGGGCCAGACUCGACCGGCGAGCGAGUCUUCCUCUUCGACGGCACUCGGGCCGCCCUGGUGCCCGACGCCGCCGUGCCGGCCAACCUGACGCACCGCUUCACGCUGUCCGCCUGGCUCCGCCACGGCCCGCUCUCGGGACCCGCGCAGCGCUCCGAGAAGGAGGCCAUCCUCUGCAAUUCUGACAAGGCUGGCAUGAACCGCCACCACUACUCGCUCUACAUACACAACUGCCGCCUCGUCUUUCUCCUCCGGUCGGAGUUUUCCCAGACAGACACGUUCCGCCCCGCCGAGUUCCACUGGAAGCUGGACCAGGUGUGCGACAAGGAGUGGCAUCACUACGUCAUCACGGUGGACACGCCUACCGUCACGCUGUACGUCGACGGGGUUUCCUACCAGCCCUACCUCGUCACCGACGAUUGGCCAAUCCGGCCGGGAAAGAGCCAAUCGCAGCUCGCCAUCGGGGCCUGCUGGCACGGCGGCGAGCAGCCAUCUCCGCGCUUCGCUCAGUUCUUCCGCGGAGACAUUGCGGGCUUCACGGUGCUGCCGGGGCACGUGGAGACGCAGGCCGUGGUCGCGUGCCUUCACGCCUGCAAGGAGAGCCUCGAUCUGCCCGCCCUGCCCAACGCCUCCAGCGUCGUGAAGGUGCACUUCAACCCGACCAGGCUGACCCUCACGCUGGAGGUGGAAGGUCACGACCUGGAGCAGCUGACGGAGGCCGUUAAGCGCGUGGCCUACGUCAACACUCGCCAGUUCCCCACGCCGGGCCCCCGCGACCUCCACCUGGCCACAGUGCUCCACUGCGUGGAGGAGGGCUGCCCGGACGUCCCGGAGGUGAGCGCGUACGUCAUGGUGCUGCAGCCCGAGGACCCGCACAUCAUGCUCAGCGGCGCCGACUCGUUCGCGCGGCCCGCCGGGGAGUUCCCCGACGGCGUGGUGCUCUUCCCCGACCUGCGGGUCGUGAGCUCCGUCACCCGCGAGGUGCCCAGCGACGUGGGAGGCCAGGAGGCCGUGGUGUCCGAGGAGAUCCUUCACAACCUGGACCGCUGUGAGGUCGCAGCCCUGGGCGACCCCCUGGAGGGCCCCCAGGAACGCUUCGAGGUGCCAGCCGAUCAGCUGAGCCCCCAGGGCCUGGAGGUCACCAGCGGCCCCCAGGGCAUCACCAUCUCCGGAGUGGAGAGCCUGGCGAGCUACGAGCGUGUGCUGCGCACUGUGCGCUACCUGCACAGCAACCCGGACUCGCUGUUUGAGCGCCGCUUCCGGCUCACGUGCUCCGAGCUCAACGGCCGCUACGCCAGCAACAGCCUGCCGCUCGACGUGACGGUGCUGCAUGUGGUGCGUGCGUCGGAGCACGUGAACCACGCACGUGUGCAACCCGAAUUCGUUCACUCGGUGCACUACCCCGAGCUCUCGGGACACAGCCUCACGGCGACGGCGCACAGCAACGCCAUCCCCGGCACGGCCACGGUGGUCAUCGUCCUGUGCGUGGGCUUCCUCGUCUUCGCCAUCGUGCUGGGCGUCGUGCGCGCCCGCUCGGCCAACCAGCGCGGAGCGCGCGAGCAGGAGGGCUCCCGCGACAACGAGAUGGACUGGGACGACUCGGCGCUCACCAUCACCGUAAACCCCAUGGAGUCGUACGGCGGCGAGCAGGCGAGCGAGGCGGAGAGCGAGGUGGAGGCAGACGCGGAGGAGGAAGAGGAAGAAGAGGAGGAGGAGGAAGAGGAGGAGGAGGAAGAAGAGGAAGAGGAGGAGGAGGAGGACGACAUCACGGCCGCCGAGUCGGAGGAGAGCGGUGCCGAGGAGGGCGAGGGGGAGGCCGGGGUGCGCGCCUCCGUGGAGCAGCAGCAGCCGCGGCACGCACCGCGCGAGCAGCUCGAGUGGGACGACUCCACGCUGACCUUCUAGGGGUCGGAGGCGCCCGCGGAGCGAUCGGUACGACGACGACAACAACGACGAUGACGACGACGACGAUGACGACGAUGACAAUGAUAUUAAUAAGGUGAUGAAAUGCACAAAGGUCGCAGCAAACUACGCGACGUAUACGAAACGUCCCUCGGCGUAGAAGAAAAACACUGGCGAUGGCAUCCCUCCUCCUCCAAAUAAGUAUUGUGUGUAGCUCGUAUCCGCCCGGUGGUCUUCAUCCAGUGGUGGGAAAUUCCACGUUCUUCAGACGGAGAUCAGUCUGUCCGGAGGGACCAACCACUGUUUGAAUUCCACCAGGUGGUGCGUCCCAGCAAGGCAAAGGUGCAGCCCUGCAAUUACCCCCUAUUGCCACUGCUUCUGCCCCUUGCUAGCUGACUGCCCCUCACUGCCCCUAAAUGCCCCCCCCCCCCAGCUCAUUUUAUCUACCCCAAAAGGACGGGUUGCAAUGACACGGGUACGCCCAUGAGUUGAAUGAUUCUCCCAGCUCUGUUACUCUAUCGACUGAGCUGUGUACCGGCCAUUGGAUAUUUACGAAGACAAAGAUCUUAACAGACGCUUGGGGCAGGUGCUUUCUGCGAGCGUCUCGUGGUUAUUCUUUGGGUCUUUCGGUAGAGUCACGUAGAUAGGUUCAAAGAAAAUAACGAAAGAAUAACAUGAAUAUGAAUUCCUCCAGUCACCUUGUGAUUGCUGGCACGGGUACAUGAGUGGCGAUGUGACCAGCACCACCCCCCGGCCUCCUUUGUCUCCCUAGUUAUGACGUUUAACAUCGUACCGGGUACUCGUUUAAGGCCGAGUCAACCUAGGGGAGGCCCAGGACUGGUUCACAUAAAUCGUCACCGGCGUUGCUAUGCAUGCACGUUGAACUUCUUUCGAACCGUGCGUGGCCAACCGUGCUCAUCGGUUGCUGGCCGUGAGCAGGAGUCUAAUUCGGGUCGCCGGGUUCGUAGCGCAGCAUAUUUCUCCCGCACGCGCAUACGCACGCAUGCGUCCGUUAGGAAGCACAACGAGGAACGAUUCGUUUUUUCCUGCUAUGCCGAGCGACGUCUGCGUUACGAAUAGUGAGUACACUCUCAGUGCUGACAAUUAAUGGGGGGGGGAAAAGAAUAUUCGGCCGCGUCUCCCCUUCUCCCUCCCCCCGCUUGACGCAAACCCCCCCCCCCACCACCACCACCGCCGGUGUGGAUGAUGAGUGCGCUAAGUUUUGUUUUCGUGACACGGAGCGGAGACGCUCGCCUUGUGGGAAGCGUAAUCUGGGACCGUUAUUUAUUUUGAGUCGUCGUGUAUUCGUGGUGACGGGUCCCCCGCCCCCGCCCCCCCCGCAUAGUACAGGGUGUCCCUCCUCGAUUUACGAACGUUCGGUUUUCACGAAAUUUCACGCGAACGCAGUUGACAACUUACGGAUACUUUUCGAUGAACAAAAUCGAAUUUGCCCGUGAGGUCAAACGAGAGCCGCCAACCCCCGGGGGAGGCUCCCGUUGCAGUGCCACGGUGUCCCUGCAGUGCCACGGUGGAAAAGCCACCGUGAAGAAGAUCUUUGCGGCGAGUUCCCACCGAAAAUGUUUGUAAUUUUUGCUUCAAAUUCAUUGGCAUUCUCAUCGUUUUAAUAUUGAUGCUAUUAUUAUUUUUUUGCAUCGCGAAAGUGAUAUUGGUGUGCAUUUUUCGGUUCGCAGCAGAGUUGGAAUGAAUGUCUGAAACACUAUCCCAAACUUUUGUUUUAAUUAAUUGGAAAAGCCAUUUUAAUUUGCGAAUUUCGACAGACGUGUUUUUCUUUCGUAAAUCGAGGGAUAUGCCUGUACUGCGGUUUUAGCCCAAGUGUUCUGUCGCCGUUAAUGUUUUAAAAUUAAUGCUUUUUCCUACCUGCGUAUAAGGGUAGAAAUCACAUUAGUUUCUAUGGUAAAUUUUAGCCGAGAAUUAAACAGAAACAUAACAUUUAUGUUGUAAUUUAAUCGUUACAGUGGGUAUUUUGCGCUCGCGAUAGCAAACGGAGAUUACAAUCCCCACCGCCCUCCGUUCGCCACCCACCAAUAAAAUCCCACACGAAACCACCCGAGUCAAAGUUUAGCAUUUUGCCCAAGGGACGUAAUGGCUCUUUCUGGAACUUUGGGCAGAAAACUGUUAUCCUGUAACCCUUUGAACCCCCGCUGCCUAUUGCAUUCCCAGCAAAAAACAAUUCGGUCUAGCGGAUGGGCUUCCACUUUUUUUUGCCCCCCCCCCCCAACCCAACGGCGUGAAAAUAAAACCAUGGCGAGAGCUUCCUUCGCGAGCGCUCCUCCGUAAUCACAGCCCUUCCGUCGCAACAGCAGCAGCGCACCGCCUGGUAUCGAAUUUUUACGUCCGUUACAUUGGGCGAUGGUCCUACUUGGCAUCAACCUCUCUCAUGUCCACCCACGUUGAACCAUCCCCCCCCCCCCCCCCCCCCACACUGUAGAAACUACGAUAUAUUAUUUGUGUUGAAUGUUAAGUACACUGCAGAAAAUGCUACCAUUUGAAACCGUGAGCAGUAUAUGGGUAUGUUCAAGAGUCCCGGUUAUUCCGCCCCGCACCGUCGGCCCAUCCCGCUCCGUGUUGUCCGUAUGCAAACGGGCGUCAUUCCACUCGGCGCGAAAAUCAAAGAAGAGCGCGCGGCGGACGUUAAAUGUAGACGGUAGGCAGCUGUAAAGCCGUUCGUGCGCGCUUGGCUCGCUUGACAAGCUCGUCGUGCUAAGCGUGGCGUGCGAGCGACGCGUUCUGACGUGCGGUCAUUGCUGUGGGGUGGGUGUGUGGUUGGCGGCGGUGGUGUUUGCGGUGUAAUUCGCUGCUCCAUUCUGGCCGGCAGCGCCAUCACAAAGGGCGACGCGGUGGUGCAGGUUUUUCGCAUUGUCGUAGGGAAUCGUGGUGUACGACGGAAACAGGCCAGUCUCGUGUCCUGACAACAAGCUUGGGCCUAAAACAGGAGGGGAGAGACAGAUUAUAUACAGUUAGUAGCAUUGCAAGAAUUGCAUUUAGAAUCUAAAUGUUAUACACCCAGUGGCGGCUAUAGUAGCACAUUGUAUUUGUUGUGAUUUUUGAGCGCACCUUUUAAAAAAUAUAUAUAAUACCGUGGUUUCGAAUUAGUUUGUCUUAAAUUUUAUAGGAGGCAACAACAUAGACCACUCUUCUGGACAGUGAUUAUUGCGCCAUCUCUAUUUCUCCGUGGUGUAAUUCGCGUUGGUGCAUAAGUUGGUGCGGUAAUUUGGGGACACCCCACCCCCCCUUCCUCCCCUAACUGCUCUCUGGGAAUUUUGCGGGAUUGAAGUAAAACUUUCUGUAACUGCUUCUCGAUAACACUUCCAUGUCUGCUGAUCAUCGUUGUGGUCUAUUUCACCGUUGGCUAGGGGCUGCACUAUCCGGUUUAAUUGCAUCUGUGUUUUUGGUUUCCAAGGCAAGCAUCGGUGAACAUAUUUUUGGCAAACUGUAUUAAAUUGUAACGUUACGAAGAAAAAGAAAAAAAGCCUCCGUAAGUGGAUUUUUUGCCGUGCGGUCAAUGUUCUAUAUUGUGACCUUGAUUUUAUCUUCAGUCAAAUGCAACCAUUGAUGUUAUUUUCUCGUCCUUAAGCCUAGUGCUGUUAUGACUGUUUGGUUGGCUUGUAAGAUUUAUCGCUCUGCAGAGCUGGGUUCUGCGACAGAGGUAUCAGAUGCUGGCCACAAAACUGGAAACCUUUGGAUUGUGUGAAGCCAAGCACGUGGCUUCCGUUAUAAUGCAGGCUGCAGAACUAUCGAUGGAUGUGGUUUCAUUCCAGCAAAUGUUUGUCCUGUGAUAAUGCUAUUAGCAAAGCGUGGUUGCCACAGUGUACAUUUUUUCACGAUAUGAUCCGAUAUAAAAUUCAUGGUACGAUGAUUCUCGCUUUUGUCGUAUUCCAAUAACCCAAUUGUAUUUCACAGUUUUACCGAAAUCAUGCUUUGUGCUGUUGCUGUACUUCCAGUGCAAUUAAAUUUCGCUUAAGUUCUUCAACUGCUGUUCACUCCGAAUAAAAGCCGACUGCGCGCGUCUUUCUAAGCCUCGCGGCGUUACAGACGAUAAAGCAGAUGCUGGCAGCCACACGAUAAAUAAUAGUUUAAAAACUACGAAAAUUGUUACGUCCUAGCAGUUCCAUAAAUAAAGCAUUUGGCAAAGCAUACAUUUUUUAUUGGACAAUAGCUAUUUAUUUAGAACUUUAUUUACCGAACUUGAUUUCACAUGCACAUAUAUAUAUUUUAAAAGAACACAAUUCUGGCUAAUUGCCUGAUGAGGCUGGUUGUAAUCAGCAGCGAAACGCCGUACUGGAAUUGUAAAUGUUGUGGGUUUACUCCAACACACCGGUGUGCUGUACUAGUAACUAAUUGACAUAUUUUGUUUACGUGACAAACCUUACUAAUUGGCUGUGUCGGGUGGUGGCGGGUUUAACGACACAUUUGCAUUUACACGAUCAAACCCCCACACAAAAACACCUUUAUUAUGGUCAUAUAAUACAAGUUAGGAGUAAUAAAACGAUUAUCACGAUACUUUGCAAAACGCACAACGCGAUUUAUCGUGGGGGAUCCUUGCAUCGUACCGCGCCGUGCCGUGUGGCACCGCUCUUGACAGCCGCGUGACAAUGUGAAGGCGGCGGCCGGUGGUGAGCCAAAGGUUGUGGCCGUACGACCACAACUGGGGCAGCCCGACACUGACGUGGUUGUGGUUGCGUGCGCCCAGUGUGCGUAACAAGAGCGGAGAAAGUGAACUUAGACCAUGACCCCCACCGCCUGCAUUUGUUCCGGCGCCACCCGAUGCAUCCGAGAUCCGUCGAUGCGGUUAACGCGGCCGCCGCCGCCGCUGCUGCUGUGUGUGCCCCAUCAAGGUGGGAAGCAAGGGAGGCGGUGGGUGGAAACGUAACCGGGCGUUGACGAAGCAGAUUAUUUUUGCCGAGUAAAGCCAGACAGAGUUGGUGGGGGACGGGGGUGGGGGGCACGUUUGAGCCCUCUACCCCCCCCCCCCCUCUUCGUGAGUGGCCGAUCGAUCUUGAGCCGUGAAAUGUGCCACAAGGUUCGAAGCAUGCCUUUUGAAAUUUUCAUAAUUAAUGGAUAGAGGUCGUAAACUAUAAUAAUAAUGAUGAUGAAACGCGGCUUGAUUUACGGCCUUUGGUUAUAAGCGAGCAAGCACAUAUUGAGAUCAAGAAAAUCUCUCUUUGUAAAGGAGAUACGGGAGGCAACAUACGAUGAGAGAACCAUCGAGAAUGACACUUUUUCAGUUUUUGUGGUAUGAUAAUGAUGAUUUUCUUCCAAACUUGAGCACACAAUGUCCUCAGGAAAAUGGCAUCGCAGCAUCUUCGUCAUCCACUCCUCAGUGAACCCCCACCACAUGCGCUCUGCGGCAGCACGAAUCAAGAUGCAACGGGAUGAUUACCAUAAUGGUCAACUGGCAUCCCCCCCCCCCCCCCCCCCCCGGGCUUAUCGUGUCAGACCACAGAACUGAUCGCCAGAAUCUUUGCCCGCAAUUUUCAGCGGACUUUUUGUGACGCUCGUUUGACGAUCAAUGAUUCGUGAACCCGGCUCGCCGCGGGGCAACUUUUAACGAGAGCUCGUGCCGAGAUAAAUUGCCGGCAAAACACGUUGCCCCCAUCGACCUCCGAACGCGGAGAUACGCGUGCGUACAUUGAACUUAUUUCGCACCGUACGUAGCCAACCGUGCUUGACCGGAGGUGCGGGGCAAGGACGACGGACUAAAACACCAAAAAAGCAGUUCUGAAGAAAUUCGCUUUCAAUGACACCCAUGGACGGAAUUAAUGAAUCGGUUACCUCCAUUCGUGUUGUUUCCUGAGAGGGCACCCAUUGGAGAAAAGACGGUUCGAUUAGAUCGUCCCACGUGCACGUGGCUAGGGUGGAUUAUUGAUCAUGGCUGCUGCUGCUUGAUAAUGAUGAUUCAUCACCGGUUGGCACGGCGCAAUCCGACUUACACAAGCCGCGGUGUAGAACUAUCCUUCCCGUUAUAGUGUUAGGUUGUUUAGAGGUUGUUGCUGCUGUUCAGGCCACAGUGAUGUGUGGACGUUUGUUUGGCAGACAGUUUUUGAUGUGGGGGGGGGGGAAGUCUCGGACCUUAUUCCUGUUUUUCACACCCUCGGCAUUCGAACUCUCUCUUUGUAAAGAUGACCAGCCUUCCUGGGGGGUGAAGGGCCCUGCCAAGGGACUGGUAACGAAAUUUGAUUGGUUUCCAAUAGCACAGACGUUUGAUAUUUCCGUUUUACCACCGUUGUAAAUAUUUUAGCACAGCUUCUCACACCCACCGGCCGAGUGCAAAUGUCGACGCUGGCACCAAAAGAGGCAUCACGCGAGAUCCACGUGGUGGUCGUGGUUAGUAGACCGACUCUCCUCCCGUGGCUUUUUUCGAUGUCGCGCUAUCACCGGAGACGCUUCGUUAGCUGAAUGCCGAAGCGGGAGGGGGGCGGCCAGGGGGCUUUGGGUGCUGCGAGUUCGAGGGCUCGAUUUCACGAAUUCGGAAGGCUUGUUGCAGCAGCACCACCACUCUCCCGUAAAUGAAUGCGUCCGUCGCCUUGUCUUGAGGUGCCGGUCGAAAAGCCGUCGUGUGACGCUUUCGUCGACUCGAGAGGGCGCGGGCUUGAGAAAAACCCCUUCCAUGUGGACCGCGUUCGCCCUGCAGUCUACUCAGGGGUGGUCUGUGCUCGAAUGGCAUUUCUCAAGUGUUUGAUUAUCACUUUAGCAGUUGUAAGCGUCAACUUUAUCGAUCAUCGUGAGAGCGCGCGAACCUUCGUUUCCUCCCACGCGUAAGCGCGCAUUAAUUGGCCGAUAAACACUCUCCAUAUGCAGAGAGGACCGCAGAGCUUGGCAAUUUUUUUUUGCGCGUGGCUACUGACUGCCUUCCCCCGCUCGCCUGUGGUUCCCUCCUCCUGCGGUUGUUCUCUACCUUCUCUCUCUCUCUGAGAGCCGAGCGACAACUGGUUGUGCGUGUCGUGUCACGAGUCGAGAUUGUUAUGCUACUAAUAAUUACUGUUCACCUUGAAGAGUUUCGGCUGGGGCUCUGUUGAACCUCGGUCUCGUGAGCAGUCGAGACGCAACGCGGUUUCACGAGACGCGCACGUAAACCGUCGGGCACACACACACGCACAUUUAUGAUGGGUGCGUUGAUCCUUUGAUUAAUUUCCAUCGCGACGCGCUCGUUCGACAUUGUGAGCGGUGAGUCUCGACUCUUUCCCCCCCCCCCGCCUGCCCACGGUACUUUGAGUCGUCGAUUGUUAGCAAUUGGCAGUGCGCGUGAUCCCCUUGAAGCCACGAGAGGCGCUACCUUAGCCACGAUGCUCAUCACGAGUACACGGGAGUGACCCUUGAAUCAAUUCGCAAUCAUCCCUGGAAAUUUUUGGUGACGGUGAACCGAAUUGAGAUUGUGUAGCAAAUACAGCAGGUUUAUAUAUCUGGUGUGUAUUGUAUGCAAGUGAUUUGGGCGUAUAGCCGAUGUGAAAAGUAAUGUUACUGUACCAGUAAUUGUGAAAAGUUGAGAGUUUAAAUUGGAUUUUGGAUGUAUAAAGAAUAUAAGUGCAUCUCAAUUCGCUCUGCAUACUUAGGGGGGGACAUUCACAUUAAGAAGUUGGAGAGAGAGGGGGGGUGUUAGACAUUUUUGAGGAAUUAUAUCAUGAAUGUUUUCACUUUAAACAAAUCACAUCGCGACUCAUUAAAAUAGGCGAAAGUUUGCCUCAUUUGUUUUUCCAUAUAAAUUUAAUCUAAUUCGACAUCAUGCAGUUUUGCUCAUUUGCGUUGAGGUCUGAUUAAUUAUCUGUAGCCGUGGAUUACGAAAAAGGUGGUAAUACCUGAUAACAUAUGUGGAAAUGGUAACCAUGCAAGUAUGACGGCUCUUAUAGGCACAAUAAGAAUCAUUACCACCUCUCCAUUUAUUAGAAAAGCCAUGUGUUUUAAUACCAUGUAUCUUCCCGGAAUAAUACGUUUUAAGUGUUUUUUACAGUUUCCCGUAAACAACAGAUCUCUAACGUGUUAGUUGCCCAAUUUUACUGCUACGGAUUUUAGUGUUUUCUCGCUCCGUUCAUAAUGAAACACGUAAAUGAUUUGUCACAAAGAUCUGCAGUUCUCUCUUUAGGAAUGUAUGCAAGCACUUUACACUGCAAAUUACGUGUGGGUUCAGACAAAGAGUACAACGCACCUUUAAACAGAAGCAAAUCUAGUCUCGCAGUUCGAGCAUUCUAAGUUUGCAACAACAAAUUCUUCGUUUGCCGAAAUUACGGAUUUCAUCAAAAAGGAAACCAAUAUAUUUUUUGUUGCCGUCAGCCUGUAAGUGGAAUGUACUUUGUGUGUGCGUGGGGUUGCGUGAUAGUGCUUGUACAAUUGUGACGUCCCAUCGUCCCCAGCUUCUCCAUCCUGGUGUAAAUACAAAGCAACGUGUGUGCCCAACAUCAUCCUCUGUGCAACAUCAUUUAACUAUAGCAUAGCAAAUGAAACAUGGAAUUGUAUUUACCUUCUUAGAUGUACUUUUCAUUGUUCCUUUAGGCAAGUUUUAUUUUGUUCAUUUUUUUAUCGUUGUAUUUAAGGUCAAUAGAAUGUUUUCGCUGUUUGUGUUUUAACGAGGGGUCUUGCUGCGUAUUGCUUCACAUCAAGUCAUUUUUGACGUGCGCUGGGAUGUUUAAGGCUUGCCAUCCCUCCUGAAAUGCGUGAGUGUAGUGGUAGCAAUGUGAGUCCCAUAAAUUGUCGCGUGUAAACAAUAGAUUAGGCUGCAUAUCAGCUCUUGUCAAACCCAGCAAAAUAAACAUGACGUGGACCCAA